GGAUAUUUCAAGAUUUUCAAAUCCAUUUGCAAGAUUGUGAAUUUGCUAAGGGGAUUUGCCACUCUUGGGAAGAUUCAAAAGAAUGUGCCUUGCCUCUUUAGUAGUUUCAAAAUUGUUUUGAGCAAUGGCAGUAUCAUUGGAAUAAGUGUGUGGUCUUCCAAGAAGAGUAUUUGUUGGGGACAAUAUUCAUUUGACCUCCUGGAAUAAAAUGUAUGACCUCCUAAAAUAACUUUGAAGGGGGACAGUGUCCAUUUUAACAUUUGUGUUAUCUUUGGUGAAAAAGAGAUUACUAUACCAGAGAAAUAUUGGCAAGCAAAUGCAAGAAAUGGAAUUUUGAAGGAACUGUCAAUCAGCCAGAAGGAAGGAAGAUUCCAAUAGAAUCUGAUGAGAAGGCAGUUGGGAAAACCAGCAGCUGAAGAGGAGAUUUUUCUGCUGUCUGGGAGGAAAGAUCAAUAGAGACAGGCUUGCUUUGGAUUCCUGGCUACUCAUUGACUCAAUAUUGAAAAGAUUGGAGCUUAGCUCUUAAGAACCUUUUCAGUUUAUCAACAAUAUCCCCUCAUAGACAAAAUAACUUUAUUUCCCUGUAUUGAACCCCAUAGGAAAUUAGGGAGACCUUAACUUCCCUCUUCCUCCUCCCUCUUGUGAGAUUAGUCCUUUGAAACUUCUAAUAAUUUACCUUACUGAGAAGAACCAUUAAGAUCAACUGAGAGAAGGGCAGCAAGUGAGGGUUGGGGGGAAGGAGUGCAAAUCUUUGCCUUUCCUUUAACUUAUUUCCUGGUGCUGUAGCCUCAACACCUCUCUGCUACCAUAAAUAUCCUAAUAGGAGCAUCUAUUACACUUUGUAUUCUAAAAACAAAACAAUAAUUCUUAAUAAGCUGCAUUUCAGAAUUGUCAUGAUGCCAGAAAUGUAAUUGAAGCAUUUUCUGAAAGACCUCUUCAUAUACUCAGCCUGUAUUGGGACAUUUAUAAAUCCCUUGCCACAUGGGGAUAGUACCAGGAACUGCUGUCAGUUACCAAGGAAAGAAAAAUGAAAAACAGAUAUAUUCUCCUCAGUCUGAUUCCCUGUUGGUUAGUCUACAAGGAGGAAGAAAGACAUGACCGUGUCAGGGAAGUUUCUCCCUCAGAAGCCCAGAAGCAGAAGCUUCUUAAAGAACUUGGAAACAGAUGGCUUCCUUAUCUAACCCCCAAAGAUACUGAAUUCCACCAGCUGUGGCAGGAGAAUUAUUCCAAACUGAUUCUCCGAGAAGCCAGUAGCAUCCCAGAAUUGUUGCAUAAGGAAGUUCAGCAAGCCUUCCUCAUCUUGCGCAAGCAUGGCUGCUUAUUCCAGGAUCUAGUCCGAAUCAAAGGGAAAAAUUUACUCACACCAGUAUCUCGCCUUCUUAUUGGAAAUCCAGGUUACACUUAUAAGUAUCUGAAUAGCAGACUCUUCACUGUGCCAUGGCCAAUGGAAGGUUCCAACAUAAAAUAUUCCAAAGAUGAAAUAUUUGCAGCUUGUAGAGCCUUCUUUAAGCUCAAUGACUACUUGCGUAAAGAUACAAUUCAAGCUUUGGACAAACUACACUUGAUAAAAUCCAAGGACAGUGAAGACAGUGCAGUCUUUGGCAUGGUCCCAGAACUCUCCAAGAACAUUUUGAAUGUGGGACAUGAUAUGGAACUUAAGAAGAGGACAACUUACAAUUUGACCUUGUUGAAUUACAUGGAUCCUCAAGAAAUGUCCUACUUGAAAGAAGAACCUUAUUUUGGGAUGGGAAAAAUGGCUGUGAGCUGGCAUCAUGAUGAGAACCUAGUAGAAAGGUCCACAGUGGCUGUAUACAGUUACAAUUGUGAAGGCCCGGAAGUUCUUGAUGAUGAUGAGCUGAGUCCAGAAGGGAGAAACCCUGCUGUCUGGCAUGUUGGUCUGAAGAUAGCCUGGGACAUAAAGACACCCGGUUUAGCUGUACCCCUCCAUCAAGGAGACUGCUAUCUUAUGCUAGACAAUCUUAAUUCAACCCAUCAACACUGUGUUUUGGCCGGUUUGCAACCUCGAUUCAGUUCCACCCACAGAGUGGCUGAGUGCUCAGCAGGGACUCUGGAUUAUAUUUUUAAGCAAUGCCACUUGGCACUUCAGAAUGUAAAAGAUGACACGGAGCCCAGAACUGUGCAUUUGAGAUCCAUGGAGUCAUCAGUUAUCAAGCAGGGGGAAGAAAUUCAUAAUGAGGUAGAAUUUGAAUGGCUGAGACAGUUUUGGUUUCAUGGCCAUCGCUACAAGAAGUGCACAGAUUGGUGGCAGCUACCCAUGUCUGAACUGGAAGGACUGUGGAAAAAGAUGGAAUGUGUGACAAAUGCAGUGCUUGAUGAAAUCAGAAAAGAGAGAUGGCCCAUGGAACAAAAGAAUGAAAUCAUAACAGAUUUACUUGCCUUGCUCACCACACGACAGGAACUGAGAAUGGAAUGGUGCAUGAGGCCGAAUAGAAAGCUGUUCUCAUCUCAACCAAUCCUUAGAUAUCAGUACCUGCAGGAGGGCAUGCUGGGCCUGGACAGGACUGGAACAAGAUGAGUGAGGAAAGGCAAGGUCCCUCUGUCUCCACCUGCAAGCAGCCACAAGGAUAGAGAAUCAUUUGUGGCACUCUGGGGACAAUUUUGUCACCCUGACAGUAAUGCUGUUAUGCGCCAGCUUGACACACAGGAUGAAUCCAUAAAGACAGAUAAGUAACUGUGAAAGUGGCUGGGGAUCAGCCCUAGUGCUACCACUCACCUGCAGUGACAAAUAGAUAGUCAUGAAGGAUUGGAAAUGCUGCCCAACACAGAGAUCUGUCAGUGUAAAGAUGGAAUGCAUCCCUGGUGACACGGAAGGAUGGAGUCAACAUACACACACUCUCUGUCUCUGUCUCUCUCUCCAUCUUUCUGUCUUUCUGUCUCUCUGUCUCUGUCUCUCUGUCUCUGUCUCUGACUCUCUCUACACACACACACACACACACACACACACACACACACACACACACACACACACACACACACACACCCCAGGCAGGAGUGUGAGACCGUUAACUUCAGAGCUUUUUUGGGGGAAAGGUUAAGACUUUCUUCACUGCAGUUUGUGCCUGGAGAGGGGUGGGAGUGGGGAGUGGCUUCAGCAGUUUUUCUGUUUCACAGCUGGAAUGAUGAUACCUUGCUCUAGCAUGCUUUAAGUGGGAAACCCUGGGGACGUUUAGUUUGGAGAACUAUGCUGAGGCCCCUUUUUUUGCUGGGAUUUGUUCAUACCAAUAGAGGUCCCCAUCUGCAAAUCAAAUGAAUACAAGUUAUGAUAGCAAAAUAUUACUGCUGAGCCCCUGGUGUCUAUAGCACCCAGUGAAGGGAAGGCGGAAGUGGAAGGCCUUGUAUUUAUCUUUUGGGCUAGAAAGGUUUAUUUAUUAUUGCUGGGUGGGGAGUCUGUUUUUCUUCAAUGAAAGAAUUUCUGAGGACUGGGUUUUAACAACCCAAGGACCCCACUAGAGCUACUGUUUCCCCUGGUUGUCCAGGACCUGAAUGGCAUCAGGACCUUCCAAUCAUGGAAGCACUGUUAUUGUUGCCCUCCAUCUGCUUUCUUCUUUUUAAUUCUCCUUGGAGUCAUGAAUGCCUGGCCAUACCCUAUAAUCUUCCAGAAAAGUUAGGAAAUAGAUUUGAGAUGAAAAAUAAACAGCAGUGAUGAGAAGGAACUCACUAACAUAGUACUGCAGGGCAUCUGGGCAGAAGCCUGACAAUUUUGUAGAGUUGGUUUAGUGUUUUUUUUUCUUCUGUUCUGUGGAAAGCAUUGGCUCUUUGGCCCUAGAGGGAGAGUAAAAAAAAAAAUUCUUUUGGAGAAGGCAUCUAAGGGUUUGGGCAAGGUUGAAUCCUGAGCUGUUUGCAGUUUGCCAAGGGGCAUGCAUGAGGUGGGAUGUGGGGAGAGACCAAGACUUAAGAGCUGAUUACUCAGAGCAUCCAUCAGUAUUUAUUAGAUAGAGUAGCAGGAAACUGCUGUGGCACUCUAGGAGGAAGCUCAUCUGGGGUCCUUGAUCUCUGUGAAAAGAACAUGUCUUAUAAAAGCGAUUUCAAGUGAGGCAGAACUUAGGAAUCACAUGUAGCAAUAUCUUUGCUUUUUUUGAUUGGUCUAGGCCCUUUUCCUGACUGCUGCCCCCCCCCCUUUCCCUUUUCAUUCCCUUUUAACCCUAGGGCUCCCUUAAUCCACUAGAGAAGCCUCCUCUACCUCUUCUGUAUCACUCGAGUCUCCUUUGGUCUGAGGGUUGAACGGAGCCCAUCUGUAAGCUCAGGUUUCUCUAGCUUUCCUGUCUGUGUGUUUAAAGGAAGCUUCUUGAGUGCUAUCUAUUUAAACAUUUAUUCUCUACUCUCCCUGCAAGCCCUUCCAACUAAGUAUCUCCUUAGACACCCUGGGGGCUAUUUGCUGCCCUCAAGCUUCUUUAUUUUAUAAUUGACUGAGGGUGUUUUCGAGCAUCUCAGUUGUGAUGAAAACACUUAAAAAGCCCCAAAGAAUCUGGUUCUCAGGUUGACAUAUUUUGACCCUACCAUUCCAACUGUGAUUUAAAUUCUGAAUUUCCAGAAGCUUUAUUAAAGAUGUCAAUUUGUGCACCAGAAUGGUAAAUGUUUCUGUGAACUUUGACUCUUAAAGGAAACUCUAUUUAAAAAAAAAAUGUUCCUGAUAAAUAUGUUCCUCAUUCUGGGCUAAUACUUUCAGGCUGAAUGCUUAAAUGGGAAAGGGCCGGGUCAGUGCCUGACCCCACUUGCUCCCUCAAUCUGGGAUCCAGCAUUAUUUUACAACCUGCGGCAUUAGUAUUUUAUUUUGCCAAGAUCUCUUUUGUAAUAAGAUAUAAAUCUCCUCGUGCACACCUGAUUAAGUAGGGUUGCACAUGAAUAAAAAGGGCAAGCUGUAUGCUAUGAAAGGGUUACAGGUGAGCACUUCUGAUAACCAGAUCUCAGGAGACAGAAUGGGGAAGGUCUAUGGCUAUUUUGAUUAACUAGGAGACUGAGUCUACUGUUUCUUCUCAAGACCUUGGGGUGAGCUGGCUAUAAAAAGCAGACUGGUGACCUCCACUUCCCUCCUAUAUUCAGCUCCACCUUUAGGGGUUCCUCUUUUGAUCUGCAGGGAUUCCCUCUCUUCCCAUCCAAGGGAAUAAACAAACUGGUGGUAAGGUAUCACAAAAUCUUAAGAUUGAGAUCCAUGAGGAACUGUCUAUCAUCAGCCAAGGGUUCUUAACCUGAGAUUCAGGAACCUUUUUUUUUUUUAAUUCCUCUAAGUAUAUUUAAUAUAAUUGGUUUUCUGUGUAAUCCUAUGCAUUUAAAAACAAUAUUCUGAGCAAGGGUCCACAGGCUUCCCCAGACUACCAAAAAGGCCCAUGACACACACAAAAAAAGUUAACUCCAGAAGAGACCAACUGUCUCCUUUUACACAUAGAAGUUGGAGGCAUUGGUACUGGCUGAAGCUGAGAUUCCAUUCGAUUCUGUAGACAUUUAUUCAGCACCUACUAUGUGCCAGGCACUAUGAUAAGUGCUGGGGAUACAAAUAAGAAGAAAGCUAGCCACUGCCCUUGAGGAGUUUAUCAUCUAAUGGAUAAAGACAAUCCGCAAAAGCUAGAAAGAGAGAUUAAGGGGCAUGGUUUUGAUGGGCUCAUAAACCAGAAUCAGCUGAUGGUAAAGAGUUAGCCUCUGAACUCUCCUUAAAUGGAAACUGGGGAGGAUUUUUUGCUCUGUCUUCCAACUCUCCAAUCAGAGAUGGGUGAGAAUGACUCUUGAUGGUUGCUUAUAUGGUGUGCUUCAGGCUAUUACUGCACCCCACCAUUGAUUAAUAAACUGAGCCAAAAUUAUUGAAUAAAAAUGCAACUUGUCAGAGAUGUGCCACGUGUGAUGUCGCACGGUGUUUAGAGCAUCAAACCUGGAGUCAGGAAGACUCAUCUUUCUGAGUUCAAAUCUGGCCUCACCCACUUCUUAGCUGUGUGACCCUGGGCAAGCCAUUUAACCCUGUUUGCCUCAGUUCCUCAUCUGAAAAAUGAGGUGCAGAAGGAAAUGGCAAAUCACUCCAGUAUCUUUGCCAAGGAAACCCCAAAUGAAGUCACAAAGAGUCAGACAGGACUGGAAUGACUGAACAAGAAUUUAUCAGAAAUGCUAUGUGGCAAAAUGUGAAGGGUCCUGGCAGAAACUCUUAUUAACAGUAUCCCCCUGGUUAAAUCACCUCAGUGCUCUGAGCCUAUUUCCUUGCUUGUGACAAUAAAUGCUUAAAGCACCUUUUUAUUGUCAUUUAGUCAUUUUCAGUUGUGUCUCUUUAUGACCCCAUUUGGGGUUUUCUUGGCAAAGAUCGUGGAGUACUUACAUCAGGAUUUUUUUAAACCACAGAAACGUAAGAUGGUAGUAGUAGUAGUAGUAGUAGUAGUAGUCAGUAGUAGUAGUAGUAGUAGUAGUAGUAGUAGUAGUAGUAGUAGUAGUAGUAGUAGUAGUAGUAGUAGUAGUAGUAGUAGUAGUUUUUUCCCAGUUUAAUUUUAAUUUUAUUUCAUCAAUUUAGAACAUUAUUCUUUGGUUACAAGAAUCAUAUUCUUUCCCUCCCUCUCUUCCACCCACUCUUCCCAUAGCCAAUGUGCAAUUCCAAGUAGUAGUAGUAUUUUAAGACCAACUCAUGUUGUUUAACUCUACCACUCACUUUCAAGAGAUAGAGAGAAUGAGUGCUCAAGUGAGGUUUGGGUGCCAGCCUAGCCCAUAUUAAUAUUUCCCAUUUUCAUCUGAUGGAAAUCUCCCUGAGAGUAGCCAGGUACUUCUUUUCACUUUAUCAGCAGAUGAACUGAAGAUUCUAGAGAGUGUCCAGUAGAGAUUUUCCCAGCCUGCUUUGCAGUAUUUUUCUCUCCUGUCUAUAACUAAUGAUAGUGAAAACCUUAGGCUCCAGAGACUUUCUCUCUUCAUCAUAUUUCUCCUAGUUUUAUGACUUUGUUGAAAUUUUGUCUAGCUGGAACCCUUGUCCAAACCAUCUUUGGGGAGAAAUUGGGAGGGAUUGUGAUUAUGGGAGAGUAGUUAACACCUAGUAUAUAUAAAUCACUAGGACAAGAAGGAUGAAAGGACAUCUCCCUAACCCAAGUGUGAGAUUCUCUAUGGGAAUGAAAAGUCUUUAUGGGCUCUGAUAGGCUAGGUUGAGUGCCUAAUAUAGUUCUAUACCUGUAAUAAGUAUUUGGACAUUUUUUGUUGUUGAUAAUAAGAGAAAGAAUGGUGGAAGGUAGGGUUUUCUAACCUAGAGUUUAUUGAUAAAUUUCAGCAAGUUUGUGAAUUUGGAUAGGGAAAAAAAUUACAUCUUUAUUUCAUUGAUUGGUUUCUUUUAAAAUCUUCUGCAUUUUACUUUAUUUAAAAAUAUUAUUCUAAAAAGGUGUGUAGAGGCAUCAUCAGAUUGCCAAAUUGAGUUCAUGACACAAAAGUUAAGAGCCCCUGGUUUAAAGGAGAAACCUUAAGCUACUUAUGGAGAGAAAUAUAUAUCAAAUAUAUCAACAAAAGCUCAUUGAACAGUAAGGUCAUAGAUCUAGAGUUAGAAGGAACCUAAAGUUUUCUAAUCCUACCCCUUAAUUUUGAAGAUGAAGUUAACUGUCACUUAGUAAGAGGCUAUGAUUCACAAACAGUACUUUGGUAACACUUUUUCUACCCUAAUACACUAUCAUUAAUGAUUCCUAUGAUAACUGAGGUGGAAAGGACCUCAACUAUCAUCCAAUCCCCCUGCUCCUAAAGAUGAAGAAACUAAGGCAUGUAGAAAUUAAGUGUCCUAUCCAAGGCCCCAUAGUCAGGAGACUUGGAGCUAGAAUCCCUGUCCCUUGAUUGCUAAUUUGCUGUUAUUUGCAUCAUUCCACACAUGUUCCUAAGUGAAUGCACAGGACAGUGGCACUUAGCUCUAGAGUCUAGUAAACUCUGUGAGGGGAGGAGCAAUUUCACAGUUGUUUUAUCUGGCCCAUACAUUGUUCCUUGUAGGGUAGCUAUUCCACAAAUUUAUUUUUGGACUGAAUGGAGGAGGCACUAAGGGUUCAAAAAGAUCUCUAUGAAGACGGAUAUUGAAUGAAUAAGAAAGCCAUUUCUGUGGACUGUUAGUAGGCAGGGAGUUAGAAUAUAGAAAUAGCAUCCUUCUACAGGAAGUCCUUGGAUGAUGGAGGGAAGCAACUGAACAUCAUUGUGGGCUGCAUUUGCAAAGGUCAAGCUUUAAUUACAUGCAUAGUUAAAUGGAAAUACUAUGUAGAGGUCGUAGUCAUAUUUCUUUUGCCUUCAUUAAUGUUAUUGCUUUGCUUCUUUCUCUCUCCCUGGAUUUUUAAUUGAAAGUUCCUAUAGUAUAUUAUAAAAUAGUAUUUAUUUUUAAUUGUUUUGUUUCCCCCUUCUGAUUGAAGUUGUUUUUUUAAAGAACGGGUUUUUAAACUUCACAUAGACAUUUUAUGCUAAUUUCUUUUAAACCCUCCAACUUUCAUAGUCUUAUCUCCUAAUUCUUUUGAUUAAAACACAAGCAAAAACCAUCCAACGUGAACAGGUUGAAUACCACAUCUGUGCAGAAGAUAGCUGCACACUUAUUUAUGACUCAAAGAAAUGGAGCCUAAAUCAAGCUAGCUAUUGCUGUAGAGUGGAUAAGCGGCCAUUAUGAAUUAUCCUUAAUUAUAGUGAUUUCCUAAACUAAUAAACCUGCUAAAUCUUUAUUGCAAAGGUUAGUUUACGCAGUGCAUAUAAAAUCCGCAUGUGCUCCGCAUCAGCCACCAGCUGUCUGACAGUGUGUUGCUAUUGCAGUGAGUGUUCACAUAAAUUUUAUGUUGGUUAUAUUAACAGUCAGUCCAUAUCACUACCCACAGAUGCCAGUAGACAUAAAAAUUGCUCUCUAGUGAGCCUAAAUAUCCCUAGAAGCUAGUUGUGUCUAAUGUUCCAUGUAGUAUUUGUACGUGAAAGCACCAGAUUGAAGAGUUAUUUACAGAUGAAUAUUUCAAUCCAGUUAGUUCAUAUUGGCCUACUUAGCCUUCUUUGCUGGUUUAUUUGUAUGCUAAAUAAUUCACCAAAGGUUCUUGUUUACUUUCAAUAGUAGUUUCUAUGAAAUGCAAACAAGGGAGCCAACUUUAGGUGUUCAAAAGGCUAAACAGCUCUGUGUUUAAAUGCAGGUCAGAGCUGCAAAUGCAGUCUCUCACAGAUGGGCUGUCACUCAGUUGUACACAUUUUGCCUCCCCCCCCCCCUUUCCUUUAGCUAUAACUGGGGCUUGCUGCUUUCAUAGGAAUUUUUGGCAAGACCAGAAUAUUUUUAUUCUAAAUUUAUCUUUCCUAUACACAGCUAUGUGCUGCCUUCAGCUUUCACAAUUAGCUGCACUGACCUGGCAGCUCAAAACACGGCUCAGGUUUUGGAGAUGUUUCCCAACAAUCCUCUGGGCUGACAACAGCGCCAGUCCAGGCCCUGCCCCCUUAAAUACGCUUGUCAUCCCCCUCCACACACACACACCUCCCCCUUAUAUUUUGUGGUGAAUUUCCCUAACGUGUAAUUUGCAUAGACGACUAGGAUUUUUUUCCCACAUUGAAGCACAGCCUCUUUGGGAAGCCUUGAACCACUCCAGUCUCCACUACAAGAGGGAGAGGAGCAGGAACCUGGUUGUUUUAAUGAAUCCCCAGGGAUUAUACUCACCCAGAGGUGGGAGCAGAGCCUAUUUUUCUGAAAUUUGACAGGCACAUGGAUAUAUUGUUCAAGAGGUUGGCUAUUCGCUAUUGCCCAUUUUAUAUGUGAAAAUACCCAGGUGCACCCAGGUUCUACACCUGUCUGCCAUCUAAAAACAUUUGCCCCUAAAGGGAUUAGAAAAUAGCCUCUUUCAUUUUCAACCUCGAUCUGCCAGGAUCAUAAGAGAGUUCAAUAGCAGUGCUAACUUUUUAUUUAAUAAUAUUGAUUUUAUCAUUUUUACUACUUACAAUGGGGAUUGGUAGGCUGAUACUUAUUUGACCUCCCUUUGUGCACAGCCGUAGAGUGCUCCGUUAUAGCUAUUGACAGAUCUCUCUUUUCCCACUUCUCUACCAGCAGCCCAUUUCACCAAAUAAUAUUGAGAUGCAGUAACUGCUCCCUGUUA